AGCAUCGCAGCAACUACAUGCAGAAGCAGACCCCUUUCAAAGCAGCAGGGUAGCGGAUAAAAAUAGUGAAAAUAGUAGUCUUGCUUUCUACGAGAAGGUGCUGUCUUUCCAACCGUAUUUCAACUAAACGAGGGAGCCAACAGACCCGGUGAUGAACGGUGACUCAGGUGCCGGGGUGGUGACUGCACCCCCUCCCACCACCGCCCCCCACAAGGAGCGCUACUUUGACCGUGUGGACGAGAGCAGCCCAGAGUACCAGAGGGAGAGGAACAUGGCACCAGACCUCAGACAGGACUUCAACAUGAUGGAGCAGAGGAAGAGGGUCUCCAUGAUCCUGCAGAGCCCGGCGUUCUGUGAUGAGCUGGAUACGAUGAUUCAGGACCAGCUGAAGAGGGGAAAGACUCCCACCAGCCUGUUGGCCCUGCAGCAGAUAGCUGACUUCAUGACCACCGGUAUCCCCACCAUGUACCCUGCAGCACCACAGGGAGGCAUGGCUGCACUCAACAUGACACCCCAAGGAGGCAUGACUGCCUUCAACAUGAGUCUGGGCAUGGUAACCCCAGUGAAUGACCUGCGUGGAUCUGACUCAAUCUCCUAUGAGAAGGGAGAGAAGCUGUUUCGCUGUAAGCUAGCCGCCUUCUACCGCCUGACAGACCUCUUCGGCUGGUCCCAGCUCAUCUACAACCACUUAACCGUCCGGGUGAAUUCAGAUCAGGAGAGGUUCCUGAUUGUCCCUUUUGGGCUUCUGUACAGUGAAGUCUCCGCCUCCAGUCUGGUGAAGAUUAACAUACAAGGGGAGAUGGUGGACCGAGGGAGCACCAACCUAGGGGUCAACCAGGCUGGCUUCACUCUCCACUCAGCCAUCUACGCCGCCCGGCCAGACAUCAAGUGCAUCGUACACGUUCACACACCGGCUGGAGCUGCAGUGUCGGCCAUGAAGUGUGGCCUGCUGCCCAUCUCUCCAGAGGCCCUGACACUGGGGGAGGUGGCCUACCAUGACUACCACGGCAUCGUCGUAGACGAGGAGGAGAAGGUCCUCAUACAGAAGAACCUGGGCCCAACCAGCAAGGUCCUGAUCCUGAGAAACCAUGGUCUGGUUUCUGUUGGGGAGACUGUGGAGGAAGCCUUCUACUAUAUCCACAACCUGGUCACUGCGUGUGAGAUCCAGGUGCGCACCCUAGCCAGUGCUGGAGGGCCUGAUAACCUGGUGAUGCUGGACCCUGCUAAGUACAAGGCUCGGCCGCGGUGCUCUGAGCAUGUCGAGGGCUCCACACACCCCAAGUGGCUGGUGGGGGAGCAGGAGUUUGAGGCUUACAUGAGGAUGCUGGAUAACCUGGGCUACAGGACGGGCUACCCCUACAGGUGCCCUGCCCUGAGAGACAAAGCAAAAAAGUUCAGCAGCGACGUAGAGAUCGCUCCCUCAGCCACGGGCUACUCCUAUGCCGAGGACAGUGACUCAGGCGCUCGCUCCCCUCUCAAGCACAGCUUUCAGAGGCAGCAGCGCGACAAGACCCGCUGGCUCAACUCGGGCCGGCCGGAAGAGGCCUACGAGGAAGGGCCCGACGGCGGCAGUCCCAAGUCGAAGACUAAGGUGUGGACGAGCAUUACACACGAUCACGUCAAACCCUUGCUGCAGUCUCUCUCGUCCGGUGUCUGCGUGCCAAGCUGUAUUACCAACUGCUUGUGGACGAAUGAGGAAGGAAUGCGACAGGCUGCAGUGGCCAAUCAGUUUGUCCCGCUCAACACAAACCCCAAGGAGGUGCUGGAGAUGAGGAACAAGAUCAGAGAGCAGAACCUGAAGGACAUCACGACGGCAGGGCCAGAGUCCCAGGUGCUGUGUGCUGGAAGCAUGGUGGAUCGCUCCUUUGUCCAGAGAAGUUCAGUGUGUCAGGACGCCCCUCUGUCUGACUGUACGGACACUAUUGCCGACCUCGAUCUGUCAGAGGCCAAUAGCCCUGCUAAGUCUUUUAGAAAGGGGGAGCUGGUGACAGCGUCUAAGGCCAUCAUAGAGAAGGAGUACCAGCCACGUGUCAUCAUCAACCAGAAAGGCCCCAACCCCUUCAAUAAGCAGUAUGACCAGGAGCUGGAGGAUUACCGCAAGGAGGUGGAACUCAAACAGAAAGGACCCGAUGUACAGGGUGAAGAGUCCUUCCAGCUCCCUUCAGCUGGGCCUGGGGAGGGCCUGUCCCCCUCUACCUCACCACAGAAGCCCCCACUGCCGCUAAAGCCCCUCUGUAUCCCAGAGCAGGGAGCUGGAGUCGGACUGGUCAUCCCUGGGGUCUCUGAGCCUACCCCCACAGCCUCCUCCAAGGCUGCCCCUCCCUCCUCCUCCACUCUCCCCAGCCGAGACACCCUGACUGGGUCGGGGGGCAGUCAGGGGAGCCCUGGGAUGUCUGCGGGAUCGGGGCCCGGGGGCUACGGGGAAGAGUCCCCCUCAGAGUCUCCUCACAAGGAGUUUCACUGUGCCGUGCUGAAGGCUCUCAGCACCACCAACACAGAGCUGCCUGCCCUCACUGAGGCUCCAGACUCCUCAGACGCGUUACCAGAGCCUGAGGAAGAGUUAAAGGGUCAAAGUCCGACCCGCACACCACCCAGCACCCCUGUCAGAGCAGAGGAAGCCGCUUUGCAGGUCCUGCAAAUGAACCAUUUCCUCCUAACUACAUCCCCCACCACCCACUCACCCACAGAGUCUCAGCUGGAGCACACCUAUAAGGAUGAGAGUGACCAGGCUACACUGAGACAGACCCUCCCUGACCUGACCCCAGACGACGAACCCUCCGACGCCCCAGUCCCCUCCCUCCCUGCCGAAGAUCCUGCCACUCCCGCUGCUACCGAACAGCCCACCGCUGAGGGGGAGGAGCCUGCUGAUGCUGACGGCGAACAGGACGGCGACGAAUCCCCCAGCAAAUCGCCUUCCAAGAAGAAGAAGAAGUUCCGCACUCCUUCCUUCCUCAAGAAAAACAAAAAGAAGACUGAAGAAAAGGCUGAAAAAGCAAAGGAACCCUAGAUGACUCCUCCCCUCUCACGCUUCCCCUUGAGCGAGCCACAACCCCACAACCUUUGACCCCACACGCUUAUUAUUAUUAUUUGUUUGUCUGGCUUUAUAACUCUGUGUUCACCUCCUAGUGUGUGCCAAUUUUAUAUUUAAAAAUAAUGUGCUUAUUAAGUUUUAAUAACGGUUGCUCUGUGGUGAAUGACUGUGUGCAUUCAGUCUGGUUCAGUGCAGUGUGUGGCUUCUUACGCUUGUUUAUUUAGGCCUACUACUUUUAAGUGAGCAGUAGAUUUUUAUUUCCCUUUUUUA